CCUCGAGCUGCACCGCUGGAACGUGUUCGUGCCGCAGACCUGAGCCUGAACUCCUCCAUCAUGGUUGAUCAGUUUGUUGGAACCUGGACUCUGUCCACCAGCGAGAACUUCGAUGAUUACAUGAAGGCCAUCGGUGUGGGCUUCGCCACCCGGCAGAUGGGCAACAUGGUGAAACCCAACCUGGUGAUCAGCGUGGAGGCUGGAGUUGUUUCAAUGAAGUCUGAGAGUACUUUCAAGAACACAGAGAUCAAGUUCAAGCUCGACGAGGAGUUCGAUGAGACCACAGCCGACGGACGGCAGACCAAGACCACCUUCAGUUUUGACAACGGCAAACUGGUGCAGAAACAGACGUGGGAUGGAAAGACCACGACACUGGAGCGGGAGAUUCAAGAUGGAAAGCUGGCAGCUAAAUGCAUCAUGGAGGAUGUUGUUGCACUGAGGACCUAUGAGAAGGUUUAAUUUGAGCCUCUGUUUCCACAACACCAAAUGCACUGAGAUUAUGAAAUAAAAAAUCUGAUCAGUGAUA